CGAUAGAAGUUGACUUGUGUCUGCUCUUGCGACCUGAUCUUUUUCACAGCAGCUCAAAGCCUUCCUACACCGCCCUCGUCUCUUCACAGUAGAACCUCUCAAAUAGACCGUAUUCACAGCAAAAGUUGCAAAGUCAGGUUUAUUAAACUUUUCUCGGUACUAAGUACAUAACUUUACGAUCAAACAACACAAGAACCAACAACUUGUGCAUCAGCGAAUUUUCCAAAAAUGACCUCCUCCCCAAUCGCAGUUAUCGUCGGCGCCGGCUCGAAACACGACCAGCAAGGCGCCUCCGACAUUUCGGUGUACACACGCUACGGGCUCGGUGGCGCACUGGGAAUGAAAUUUGCCGAGCAGGGCUUCAAUGUUGUGUUGACAGCCCGGCGCACGGAUGUUCUGGAAAAAGUCGCAAAUGAGUGUAAAAGUAUCCAGAAGGAAAAAGGUCUGCAGGCGACGACAAUCUCCGUUCCAAUGGACCUUACCAGCGACGACCAGGUAAAGAGCGCGUUCGACCAGAUUAAAGCUAGUUUUCCGGACGCCAAAAUCGAGUGCCUGGUCUUCAACGCAGGCACUCCUUUCCCGCCGGGCUUCAGUUUCGGAGACGAUGCGAUGAAGCCUCACGAGCUGGAUGUCAGCUUUCUUAACAUGGCCCACGACACACAGAUUGGGGGGUUGAUUCGUUGCACCCGCGAGUGCGUCCCGGAUAUGCUGGAACGAAAGUCCGGCGCAAUCCUGCUGAGUGGCGCCACCAUGCAGCUGCGCGGCGGGGCGAAAUUCGGUGGUAUCGCGCCGGGGAAAACGGCACUCCGUAGCCUCGGGCAAUCCAUGUACCAGACGUAUGGUCCGCUCGGCGUGCACGUCUGCAACAUCAACAUCGACGGCGUGAUCGAUUCUCCUGCGACCCGGGCGUGGGGAAUGCCAGUGGAAAAGAUGAUGCCCCCAGAGGACAUUGCGGAGCAGUUUGUGGCGAUGUACAAGCAACCGAAAUCCUGCUGGAGUUACGAAAUCAUGUGUACCCCGGCCCACAGCGCUCCGACGGUGGGGAUGAGGAUGUGAUUCACCACGUAGUUCCUCGAGUGGAGUACUACUAUGCUAAUGUGAAAGAAUCAAUUCAUUGAUACAAAAUGGAUUCUCGAGGUCACAUCAACUGUUAACACUAACUUCCAAAGGAUGUUAACACUAACUUCCAAAGGUUAAAAUCAAACCUACAGUGGGGUUUUGACCAGGUCCAGAACCUGAUGAAAUGCGUAUGUGGCAAAAUUUGCGUUUAAGUACCCCAUCAACAUGCCUAAACUUACUUUCAUUCUAAAACUUUGUAUUUUGUCGAACUCCGCCACCCCUGCUUGCUAGUUCAUACGUGCGCCUGAGAAAUGUAAAAACAAAAAGUAACCGUAAGCUCCACCCGGGGCGGCUUUCCGAUCGCAUACAAAAAACACAAUCACACUAAAAACUUCAGCAUAGCUGCGGAUUUUCUUUGUCAACUAGAGUUCUAGCUGCAGAGCACGCUCGAAAUCAUCACCAGACAUCCCUAUUACCAUUGAUGCAGCGCACCAUGCGCUGUCACCUUCUUGUUAUGAGGUGCUAUGUUGUUCUUGAUAGCCGG